AUGGCUGCCCCGCGCCUGCCGUUCUUUGUCUAUGGCACGCUCAUGAAGGGCUUCCGCAACUACGACAAGCACGUGCGUGGCUUCUCCAGCCUGCGCUUCCUGCACGACCGCGCCUACGUCGAGGGUGCGGCCUUGUAUCACUUUGCGUACGGGUACCCGGGCCUCUACGCCUCGUCGUCUGCCGACUGCGUCUAUGGCGAGCUCUUGACGGCCGACGAUCCUAUCGAGUACGACCAGCUUCUUGCGGAUUUAGACGCACUCGAAGAGUAUUUUGGCCCGAACGACCCGAGUAACGAGUACGACCGCGUCCGUGUCCAAGUGCAUCCAACGGACGGAGGUCCCAUUGACGCGUGGGUCUACUACUGCAAGAUUCCUCUCGAGAAGGCAAAGGAGCGCGUCGCCAGCGGCGACUGGCGCGCAUACAUGACGUCGAUGCCUUAGACGAUGUUAGUUGCGCCGAGCGGCCUUUUUAAUGUCGGCUUUCCGCGCUCGAAUCG